CUGCUCCCCUGUAGGCCGAACCGCCAAAGAGCCCUUAUUAAUCCUCCCUGCGCGUGCCGUCUUCUUCGUCUCUCUUCCUCAAAUUCCCCAGACCAACCAAAGGACUCUUGUCUAAUCUUCUCGCCCGCAUUGCUCCUGUGAAACCGCGGCAGAUCCAUGGCAACUUUCGGGCCGAAGAUGGCGCAGCUGCAGUCCAAGGCGCUCGAGGCGGCGAUGCUCGCGGCCAAGCACGGGAAGCAGCUGCAGUCCAAGGCGUUCGAAGCGACGAUGCAGGCGGCGGAGCAGGGGAGCGCCUACCAGAAGCAGCUGCAGGCCAAGGCGUCGGAGGCGACGAGGUUCGCCGCCGAGCAGGGGUCCGCGUACCAGAAGCAGCUGCAGUCCAAGGCGUGCGAGGCGACGAGGUUCGCGGCCAGGCAGGGGUCCGCCUACCACAGGUCGCUCAUGGAGAGGAACAAGCAGUACGUCGUCGACCCGCCCACCGUCGAGAAGUGCCGGGAGCUCUCCAAGCAGCUCUUCUACACCCGCCUCGCCAGCCUUCCUGGCCGUUAUGAGUCUUUCUGGAAAGAAGUUGAUGGCGCAAAGCUCUUGCUGACAAACAGAAAGAACCUGAAGGUUGAGGAUUUGGGGGUUGCUGCGUUGUUUGGCAUUGAGUUGUAUGCAUGGCUUUGCACCGGUGAGAUCAUAGGUAGAGGAUUUACCCUCACUGGGUACGAUGUCUGAUCGCUGAUGCCUAGCAUUAGCAGCCACAUUAUUAUUCUACAUUUACCAUCGGAUAUUAUGUUAAAUGUUAGGUGAUCAAGUUUUUCCUACUUGAUGUGAAGUUUUGUUUUAAAUUUUGAUCUUGCUACUGAACAGACUAAAAAGAUUAGAUUUCAGGCUAAAUGUCUUUUAUCCUCGUCAUAUCCUGUGAUGGAAAAUCGGACACAAACUUUUAUAUUCUGUACGUGUCCUUUGUACUAGAUGCUGGUAGUGAUUUUUUUA